UGCGGGACUCGGCUGUGCGCACCCUUCAGAUUUGUGUAUAUACCCAGAUGGUUUUCAUCCACUUUGAGUAGUUAUCCAAAGAAGCCCAUGACUUCUUACGUUCGAUUUUCUAAAGAACAGCUAGCCAUAUAUAAAGCUCGGAACCCAGAAGCGAAAAAUUCAGAACUAAUUAAAAAAAUCGCGGAGAUAUGGAGGGAACUUCCUGAAUCAGAGAAAAAGAUAUAUGAAGAUGCUUACAAGGCAGACUGGCAGGCAUACAAAGAAGAGCUAAACAGAAUUCAAGAACAGCUAACUCCAAGUCAGAAAGUGUCUUUGGAAAAAGAAAUGAUGCAAAAACGUUUAAAAAAGAAAUCGAUAUUAAAAAAGAGAGAGUUAACACUGCUUGGAAAACCAAAAAGACCUCGCUCAGCUUAUAACAUUUUUAUAUCUGAAUGCUUCCAGGGAGCUAAGAAUGGUUCAUCACAGGUAAGGCUGAAAUCUAUACAUGAAAGCUGGAAAAAUCUCUCCAGUGCUGAAAAGCAAGUAUAUAUUCAACUUGCUGAAGAUGAUAAAGCUCGUUAUUACAGUGAAAUCAAAUCUUGGGAAGAACAAAUGGUUGAAGUUGGACGUGAAGAUCUUCUUCGUCGCAAAGUGAAGCCCCAAUCAAAAAGCACUGAGGAAUAUUAAAUAGAAGAUUGAGUUAUGUCCAUAAUGGAUAGACACAAGAAACCAAUUAGGUCUCAGUAUCUGAAACUUAUAAAAUUAAAAGGAUAAAGCUGGUCAACAUUUUAUAAUUAAUUCUUUUUUCUUUAGCCCAUGGACUUCUGCCAGUUCAGUACAUUUUGUAUUGGUAUCUUGCUUUGGAAAACUCAAACAUAGAAAAGUUCAUCCAAAAUUUAUUUUGUGUUUAGCAACUACUGAGGAUCAAAAUAAUCAUGAAAUGUAUCAGUAACAUUUUACCUUUGAUAAAGGUGAGUCAGACUGUGAAGUUUUUUUAUAGUAUUUGAUGACUGUGGAAAGAGUAUUCUUGUUUCCUUAUAUUAUGGAGGCAGGGGUUUCCUAUUCAGAAGUGUCCCAAGUUGUAGAGCCAGAGUGUUCUAUAAUGAAUUGUGCAUUUUUUAAAGAGCACCCAGAGCUCAUUUAGGUAAGCUCCAAUCCCUAGGUGUACUUUAUAUUCAGAGCUGAUGGUUCUACAGGCAAGGGCUUGCUGGUGUCAGUUGUAAUUUUUUGUACAAAAGAUGGAGAGAUUUGUGAACCUUUUCUUCAUUGUCUUUUUUUCUAAGGUAAAAAAAAACUAAGAAGUAUAUACUAAAUCAAUACAUAUUAUUUUAUAUUUCAUAGAAUACAAUUUUUGUUUCCUAAUUAUAUGUUUAAGGUAAAACAUUUGUUUUACAGCUUUCUGUCUUUUUUUUUUUUUUUUUAAGUAGGAAUUUAUAUUCUGAUUUUUUCUCUCUCAUGUGAGUAUAUUUAUCCAGAGAGAACUUGUCUGGUAAGUUUUAAAAUGAGAGAUCCAGAAACAAGUUUCCAAAGUCUUUAGACUUAGAACCUGUAAUUUUAAAACAUUUUAUAUAAGAUAAAAGACUAUAUAAGGGACAGCUAACUCUGCCCAUGGGCCAAAUCCAGCCCACUGCCUGCUUUUCAUGGCCUAUGAGCUAAGAAUGGUGUUGGCCAUUUUAAAAAAAGAAUAUUUCAAGACACAUGAAAAUUAAUAUGUUCAGUGUUCAUAAAUAAUGAAUGAGUAUGAAAUACAGCCAUACUCAUUAAUUUAUCUGUUGUUUAUGGCUGCUUUUGUGCAACAGUGACAGAGUUGAGGAGUUACUUCAAAAACUAGUUUGCAAACCCUAAAAUUUUUACUGUGUGAUUCUUUACAGAACAAGUUUGCCAACCCAUGAUCUACAGUAUAGUGUAGUAUGAUAAUAUGUUGGGAUAGGUUUUUUAACUGAUAGAGAGGUUCUUGUUUUAGAAUCUUUGUCACCAUUGUCUUAAGAGGAAAAAGGUCAAGUCACAGAAGAAGCUAAACAAACUGUUGCUCCACAGUGUUAGCAAGAAAAAUAAUCUUGUUUCAAAUUAUUUUGUAUGAUAAUGGAGUUCCAUUUAGUGUGAAUGAGAUUCUCUUCAAUUAUUUCCUAUGACUUAGUAAGUGAAUCUUAAGAGUUUUCCAUUUAGCACAUAUCACAAAAACCUUUCCAUCUUUUACCACUUGUUUAUCCUCUUGAGAGUCAGCAAAAGUUUUCAAAAUUCACACUUCCUUUUUGAGCAAAACAAUUAAUCUUUCAUCAUUAGUUCAUAAGGAUAGGAUAACCCAAAAUUUAUACGUAUCUUAUAUUAUGCAAACUAUUUAGGAAUUCUGGAUUCUAGAUCUACAGAAAAAUUUUGAGGAUUUUUGUUCUCUGUGGAUAGAAAGUAAGUAAAAAGUCAUGACUUGUUCUAUACUGAACUUGACAAAAGUAUGUACUGAAGAGAAAAAUAUAAUUUAAGAGGAAGCCUAAGAUUUAAAUAUUUGAAGUUAGGUGUUUUUAAACAAUUUUCUCCUGUGGUUAUGAAUACAGGACAAAGUUGGCUACGAGUUUAAUAGAUACCUUGGGGAGAGGAGUUGGGAAAGAAGAGUUGUGCUAGGGUCUAUCGUAGCCUUCCUCAACGGGGUUUCUGGGAGAGAUUAAGCCCUAAUUCCCUGUGGCAUAUAGAAUGGUACUGAUUAUGUACCAUAUUUAGGAGAAUGGAGAAAUCAUUCAAGUCAUACAUUGUGUUCUGUGCUUCAGAUGAGCCCAAGGAGCAUGUGGGAGUCAGUGUUUGUGAUGUAGAAUGGGUGAGGUUGAGAAAUGAGUUAAAAAAAAGUGUGAAAAGAGCUAGAGCAAAACCAUUUUAUGAUAACAUCAAAUUUUAUUUGGUUUCCUUUGUUUCUAAAAGAAUGUCAGUUUUAAUGCUUUAAAUAUUAAGAUAAUCUGAGUCCACACCUUGCUUAGUAAAUUUAAGUACAUGUUGAAAACGGGUAUGCGUAUACCAAAUGACUUCCAGUUUAACAGUAUGUCCAAAUUUUCUAUUAUGAAGAAUAAGAAAUUAGGUCAAUAACCAGUGGCCACUCAUCUAAAGCCUUACUUUUUAGACCUAAGUUGACUUAACAGAGUAAUUGCUGUAGGAGCUAAAAGAAGAGUGUGCUACGGGGAAAGAUGCUGAAGAAUUGAAAGUGGUGUUUAUGCUUUUCUGAGCAUAUGCUGUUCAGAGACAUAAAGAGAUUUCUAUACUUUUGUUCAUUAGACUAGUAUUAGGUUUGAAAUAAUUUGAUGGCAGGAGAGGGUUGUGUGAUAAUUCUACUUACUGAUGUUUAAAGGAUAUUGUGUGAAGAUUCAGCCUACCGUAAUCAUGUAAAUUUUGCUAUUGCUUUUGGCUAAAACUCCCUUCUUAAAAAUGCCAUUUUUAAAAAACAAGGUGUAUUUUUUAUAGUUGCUACAAAUGUGUGUAUUUAAAUUUCUGAAUUAAAAUAUAAGUUGAUUUAAAGUAA